AUGCUGUACUUCCAGGUGGUGAUUUUGUCAGCUACAGUGAUGCUGCUUUACUACUGCGAGUUUACUGACACUUUCAGUCCGGCACAGCAGGGCUUCAUCUGCAGAGACCCGGCUUUAACUAAACCAGAUCCUGGACCUGAACAGGACAGCCGGGUACAGCCAGUGAUCCUGUACUCUGUGCUGGCUGGACUGCCUGUCGUACUGCCGACAACGGUGAGUUAUUGUAAGCCAAGAGAGGGAGACUGUACAUCGGGAAGAGGGGGCCCUGAGUUUGCAGUGUGUUUAGCGAUUGUUGCCGUGAAGAUUUCAGGUGUCGAGCUUGUCAUCUUCCUCCUGCACUCCAACUCCAACAUCCUAUACGACCAGGAGAAGGUUGUCGUCAUGGGUGACUGUUGCUACGUGAACCCUAUGGUGCGCAGGACCUUCCGUUUCCUCGGCGUGUAUGUCUUCGGUCUGUUCACAACAGACAUCUUUGUUAACGCAGGUCAGCUGGUCACUGGAUGCCUGGCUCCUCACUUCCUGUCCGUUUGCCAGCCCAAUUACACUGCCCUCGGCUGCCUGGACUCGCCGCACUUUGUCAGCCAAUCGGACGCUUGUACUGGUGACCCUGAGGACAUCAUGAGAGCUAGAAAGACGUUCCCGUCCAAAGAGGCUGCUCUGAGCGUGUACACAGCAGUGUACCUGGCAGUGUACGUCACGUCCUGUGUCGGUUCCAGAGGAGGAUCUCUGACUGCCCCCCUCCUCAGCCUCUCAUUGGUCAGUCUGGCUGUGCUAACAGGCAUCAAUAGAGUGGCAGAGUACCGAAACCACUGGAGCGAUGUCAUUGCAGGACAAGCCAUCGGGGGAGCGAUUGCUGUCUUCCUGGUGGUGUUUGUGGUUCAGUAUUUUAAAAAGAGAGCUGUGGUUUCUGUGAGUCCGUCAGACACGGCCUCAGCCAACACUGACGAUGCUUCACCACAAAGAAAUGAGCACGUUGUUCCACAGAGCCCAGGAUCCUUCACAGAAGUUACAUGA